UCAGACAUUUUUUGUUAUUUCAAAUUUCACUCAUCCAGCUAGCACAGUUUACAGAGAGCAGCAGCAUCAAACAAAGCAACCACAAAGUUUAGGCAGCUUUAGAUCAAUCUUCUCUCUCUUUCCCAUGUAAUGGUAGAUUUGAAGUGAAAAGGUUCCACAUUGGUCAGGUUCCAGUAUGGGUAAGUCACCUGGAAAAUGGAUCAAAACCGUACUGUUUGGGAAAAAGUCAUCCAAAUCCAAUAUUUCAAAAGGCAGAGAGAAGCUUGUUAAUAAAAAAGAAGGAGUAAUAGUUACCUCCAAGGUGCCGGAAACGGGUUUGACUUUAGAACCAACCUCUGAUGCUAUUCCCAAUCGCGAUGAAGUCCAGGAAGUGGAUAACAAAGAAGCGGAAAAUGUUUUACCUGACAAUCAAGAAAUAGACUUAGUAGGAUCUACUAAUGAAGAGGAUGCACUGGAUCCCGAGAAAAUGAGGCUGGAGGAAGCAGCAACAAAGGCACAAGCUGCUUUCAGGGGUUAUUUG